UUUCAGAUCCGGGCUCUGGAGUCUCAGAAACGGCAGCAGGAAAUAGUGCUACGGAGGAAAACACAGGAGGUGUCAGCGCUGCGCCGUCUGGCCAAGCCCAUGUCUGACCGGGUGGCAGGCAGGAUGAGCCAGAAGCCACCCAUGCUGGACUCAGGUGCAGAGGUCUCAGCCAGCACCACCUCCUCCGAGCCCGAAUCUGGCACUCGCUCUGUGUCCAGCAUCGUGCGCCAGUGGAACAAGAAAAUCAACAACUUCCUGGGAGACCCCUCGUCCUCCAUGAAUGGGGCUCGGCCUGCCAGGAAGAAGUUCCCCAAGAAGGGGAUGAGCCAGACCUUCAGCAAAACUGCUCGACUCAAGUGGCAGUCACUGGAACGGCGUAUCUUCGACAUUGUCAUGCAGAGGAUGACCAUUGUCAACCUGGAGGCAGACAUGGAGCGACUCAUCAAGAAACGCGAGGAGCUGUCACUGCUGCAGGAGGCAUUGCUGGGCAAGCGAGCAAAGCUGCAGGCAGAGAGUCCUAAGGAGCAAAAGGGGCUGCAGGAGCUGAAUGAGGAGAUUGAGGUGCUAGGAGCCAACAUCGACUAUAUCAACGACAGCAUUUCCGACUGCCAGGCCACCAUCAUGCAGAUCGAGGAGACCAAGGAGGAGCUGGACUCCACGGACACUUCAGUGGUGAUCAGCUCCUGCUCCUUGGCCGAAGCCCGAUUGCUGCUGGACAACUUCCUGAAGGCCUCCAUUGACAAGGGGCUGCAGGUGGCCCAGAAGGAAGCCCAGAUCCGCCUGCUGGAGGGGCGCCUGCGGCAGACGGAUGCGGCUGGCUCCUCACAGAACCAUGCCAUCCUGGACGCUCUGCGGGAGAAGGCUGAGUCGCACCCUGAGCUGCAGGCACUGAUCCACAAUGUCCAGCAAGAGAACGGCUACACCAGCACAGAUGAGGAAGUCUCAGAGUUCAGCUUGGCUUCAGAUGGGAGUAUCUCCCAGUCUUUCACCAUGAAGGGCUCAGCAAGUCAGGAUGACUUCAAGUUCAAGGGAGAGCCCAAGCUCUCAGGGCAGAUGAAGGCAGUGUCAGCUGAAUGUCUGGGACCCACGCUGGAUGUCUCCACCAAGAACAUCACCAAGUCCUUGGCUUCUCUCAUGGAGAUCAAAGAGGAUGGAAUCAGCUUCUCCAUCCGAGACCCCUACUACAAGGAGAAGGUGUCACGCACCGUCAGCCUGCCCACGCGAGGAAGCACCUUUCCCAGGCAGUCUCGGGGCUCCGACACUUCACCCUUGACCAGGCGGAAAUCCUAUGACCGUGGGCAACCUACCAGGCCUCCAGACGUUGGCUUCACACCGCCCUCAUCCCCACCCACCCGUCCGCGCAACGACCGCAAUGUCUUCUCCCGUCUCACGAGCACCCAGAGCCAAGGGUCUGCCUUGGAUAAGUCUGAUGACAGCGAUUCCUCUGUCUCGGAGGUGCUGAGGGGCAUCAUUAACCCAGUGGGUGGCACCAAGAAUGCCCGGACAGCACCGCUGCAGUGUGUCUCGGUGGCGGAGGGACACACCAAGCCUGUGCUCUGCCUGGAUGCCACUGAUGAGCUGCUCUUCACUGGGUCCAAAGACCGGAGCUGCAAAAUGUGGAACCUAGUGACGGGCCAAGAAAUUGCUUCCCUCAAGGGUCACCCAAACAAUGUGGUUUCGAUCAAGUACUGCAGCCACACAGGACUGGUGUUCACCGUGUCCACAUCGUACAUCAAAGUGUGGGACAUCCGCGACUCAGCCCGGUGCAUCCGCACUCUCACAUCUUCUGGACAGGUGAUCUCUGGAGAUGCAUGUGCUGGGACCACCACCCGCACUGUCACCAGUGUGCAGGGGGAGCACCAGAUCAACCAGAUCGCACUCAACCCCACGGGCACCACGCUCUACGCUGCUGCUGGGAACUCCGUCCGCGUCUGGGAGCUGAGCAGGUUGCAGCCCGUGGGGAAGCUGAGUGGCCACAUCGGGCCAGUGAUGUGUCUCACAGUGAACCAGACAGCAAGCAACCACGACCUGGUGGUCACAGGCUCCAAAGAUCACUACGUUAAGAUGUUCGAGAUCACGGAGGGCAUGGUGGGCAAUAUUGGCCCCACUCACAACUUCGAGCCCCCUCACUAUGAUGGCAUCGAGUGCCUGGCCAUCCAGGGAGAUGUUCUCUUCAGCGGCUCCAGGGACAAUGGCAUAAAGAAGUGGGAUCUGGAGCAGCAGGAACUUAUCCAGCAAAUCCCCAAUGCCCACAAAGACUGGGUCUGUGCCCUGGCCUUCAUCCCUGGCCGCCCCAUGGUGCUGAGUGCCUGCCGAGGAGGCGUCAUCAAAGUCUGGAAUGUGGACACCUUCACCCCUGUUGGGGAGAUCAAGGGGCAUGAUAGCCCCAUCAACGCCAUCUGCACCAACUCAAAGCACAUCUUUACUGCCUCCAGCGACUUGACAGUGAAGCUCUGGAGUGGGAGGAGGUUGCCCGCGGGGUCGAACUAG